AUGCAAUUGGGAGCCUCAGGAAAUGAUUCACUUGAGACUAAGUUUGUCAUGCUGGGCCUCACAGACAUUCCAGCCCUACAGCCCAUCCUCUUUGUCAUCUUCCUUCUUGCUUAUAUAGCUACUAUUAGUGGCAAUUUCAGCAUCCUUGCUGCCAUUCUCAUUGAGCCCAAACUCCACACUCCCAUGUACUUCUUUCUGGGGAACUUGUCAAUAUUGGAUGUUGGGUGCAUCACUGUCACUGUCCCUGCCAUGUUGCAACAAUUCCUAUCCAAUGACAGAAGCAUCCCCUAUAGAUCCUGCCUCUCACAGCUCUUCUUCUUCCACCUCCUGGCUGGAGCAGAUUGCUUCCUGCUGACUGUCAUGGCCUAUGACCGCUACCUGGCCAUCUGCCAACCCCUCACCUACAGCACCCGCAUGAGCUGGGGAAUCCAGAAAGCCUCGGUGGGCAUGUCAUGUGUCUUUUCCUUCACCAAUGCACUGACUCACACUGUUGCUUUGUCAACCCUGAAAUUCUGUGGCUCUAAUGUGAUCAAUAGCUUCUACUGUGACCUUCCUCAGCUCUUCCAGCUCUCCUGCUCCAGCAUCCAACUAAAUGAACAAUUGCUCUUUGUAGCAUCAGCCUUCAUGGGUGUGGCUCCUUUGGUUCUCAUCACACUGUCCUAUGCCCAUGUGGUAGCUGCAGUCCUGAGGAUCCGCUCUGCUGAGGGCAGGAAGAAGGCCUUCUCCACAUGCAGCUCCCACCUCACUGUGGUGAGUAUCUUCUAUGGAACCGGCCUCUUCAGCUACAUGAGGCUGGGUUCAGUGGAAGCCUCAGAUAAGGAAAAGAGCAUUGGUGUCUUCAAUACUGUCAUCAGCCCCAUGCUGAACCCACUCAUUUACAGCCUUAGGAACCCUGAUGUGAAGGGCGCCUUGAAAAGGUUGCUUAUAGGGAAGUAA